AUGGUCCCGGGUGCCGUCGGCGGUCCGGGCGUGUGGUGGGCCGUGGUGUGGUGUGUCUGGACACCCGGGUUCGGGCGGGCGUGGAGUGAAACGAUCCACUUUACCAACUCGCCGCACUCGCUGGGAGCGUCGAGAAACUUCACGACCUACGAGAUCGCAGUGCCAGGCUCGAAACCGAUCACGAUCAUCGAAGCGAACGAUCCACCGCCGGGUGAUCGCCGGGUUGACCCGGUGCGUCCCAACCCGUCGCCAACCACCAGCUUCCGGACUAGCACGGGGAUACGGGUCAGCAGGCCAGCAGCGAGCGGUGACAGCGAGCCUGGCGCAGGAACACGCAAAACGCUCUACUCGCCCGAGCUGCUGAACAAGUUCCUGAAGGAGUACUCGGAGAAGCUGCAGAAUGCGGACUCGAUCACACGGCAGCGGCUGAACGAGAUCAGCCAGAUCACCAGCAGCAGCGGCGAACCGAACCGUGACCAGGACGACCACCGACCAGUGGAGGAGGAUUGGCCUCCGAUGGCGGCCGACGACGGAGCGAAGCAGCAGGAUGAGCUCAUAUUCGACGAGACUCACGAACGGAACGUGAUGGCCGUGGGUGGCGCGGGGGUCAAUAAGCGAUGGUACCAGGAGCCCGCCUCAGGCGGAGGUUACACCCCGCACCACCAUCAGCAGCACAAGAACCAUCCGUGGAACGUGAAGGAUGGCUGGGUGACUCUGGAGGCGGUGCCGUGGUCGGAGAGCAAGGUGUCCAAGUGGCAAGCCGCCACACCGGACGGACCCAAGAAACGUCCCGCGAAGGGUCCCCCGCCGUUGGCCCAGUACUGGGACGACAGUGAGGAAGCGACGCCGGAUAAGUACCGACCGAUCGCGGCCAUCUACCCCUCCAGUUACCAGCCCGAUGCGCCGUCCACGGACACGGAGGAGUUUGGUUAUGGUGCGGGGGGUCAGUCCAACCGUGGACCCAAUCCGACCGCCCCUCCCCCCACGGACUCACUGUACAACCGCCGCCGGCGUCCUACGUCGACGCUUUACAGCGAGCGUCCCGAGGGCGAUCGGGUUAGGCCGCCAACCGAUCGAUGGUACGAACUGCAGGGCGCUGAUUCUUACGACAGUGGCCCGACGGCGGGACAUCGGGACCGGGACAUCAUCACCGACGGGCGGCCACCCAACUUCCCGAAGUACGCGACCGAGCAGCAUUCGAUGCCGCCGCCGCCAGCAUACGGUUCUGCGCCGGCAGACCCUCACCGGGCCCGACCCGGUUCGUACCCGGACCGGGGCAAUGGCGAGUGGGUGCUGAUCAGCACCACCAAGGGCUACCAGUACCCGAAGCGACGGCACGGACAGCGAGCCAUCACCUUCUCGCCACCGGCCACCGCCACCAGCCACCAGUCGGUCAAACUGACGGUGCUGCCGAUGAAGAAUGCCGUCGACAUGACCACCUCCCACAACGGCCUGAUCGAGGUGUCCUCGUCGACGCAGACAGUCGAAGAGGCGGUCCAGCAGCAGUCGCAGAGCGCGAAGCGCAAGCCCGUGGCCGACGCGACCACGAAACCGCUCCGGAAGAAGAAACCAUCGACGGGGACGACCGGCUUCUCGGUGAUGCACCGUCGGGAUGCGGCCCAGGAUAGCGCGGCCGUACUGGCGGCGGUCGGGGCCGGCAUGGUGCCCGCUACGAUGGCCAUCCUAGCCCCGAUGGUGCUCGGCCGGAAGAGGAAGUAG